GCCUGUGUGGGGUCCCAUGUCCUGUAUUCCAAUUGAUAUGUUCCAGAACUGACAUGCUCGGCAACAUUUACGUCUCUGGUGGUUCUUCCAUGAUACCAGGGAUAGCUUCUCGGUUGGAGGAUGAGCUGAAUAGCGGUGGAAUAUCAGGCUCAGCAGGGCCGGUGAAAGUGAACGCGGAUCCUCAGAGAAA